AUGGCGUGCUGGGAUGGAACCCGAUGGACUGGUGGAAGGUCGUCGACUGUCAAUUGGCGAGCUGAUGCAUUCGAUGCCAUCUCUCACAAGACCGGCGCUUACGUGCUGCCCGCAAAUUACGGUGAUCAGGUAUAUAACUCUGCCCGUCUUCUCUUCAGAACAUGCUUUGACGUUUGCGACAAGGUUAUUCAAAUCUGGGGGGGCUACAGCGAGGUGACCGCAGCGAAAGACUUGCUUCACGCAGUGAUUGCGAAGUGCAUGGAGCCCAAACCCUCUUUGAAGCAGCUCGGAUACUGGUCGCGGGUCAAUGCCUACAAAGCAGGCAAGGAAAGAGACGUUGACGUCCAGGCAAAGCGGGAGCGAAGACUCCAGGAGCUGCGCAAGGCGCCAUCUCUGCCAAAUGAAUUCGAGGUCAUGCUGAUAUUCUUGUGGCCAUCCGACGGGCCUGCUAUGAACGGUGUUCUCGGUGGACAACUCGAGAAGCUAGACAACAUUCGGACGACUUUUGACGUGCAUGUCUACCAGCAGCGACACAUGCCCAACUACAUCUGCGUCUCCGCCCAUGACAAAGGAGCUCUUCUUCAAGUUAUUGAGUUACUCUGCACCAUCUGGAGGGAGUUCACAACCAAGUCGGACGUGCAGCUCAAGUUGUACUUGGUCGAGCCGCCCUCGCCUACCAUCAUGAGAACAAAGAUUCUUCUUGAAAAGAGCUCGCGGGUGGCACGACCUUUGCUGCAUGGGGUUGAGCUCGGUGGUGAUCAGAGACAACACUGGAGCAAUGGACAGGACCUGAUCCUGAUGAAAAACGACUCUCUCCUUCUGACAAAACUUCAAAAGUCCCUGGAUACGAUCUCCUUUAUUCGUGGCCACCUCAGAAUGCGUGUUCAUUUCGGGACCUUUGUGCUGGAUGAGUAUCGUCGAUCGGAGAAGGGCGAGUGUUCGUAUGAGUUCCAAGAUUUCCAGAACAUGAUUCUUCACGAACAGGCGAAAGGCCGACUAGUUCCGGGGUGUCUUCGUGCCACCGAAUUCCUUGAGCCGCUGAAUGCACCCAAGAACUUCAAUUCUUUGGCCGAAAUCGAGCCCACACACUCCGCAUAUUUCGAAUUUCCUGGCAAAAACAACACAGUCCUUUGUCUUGAAGCAGAAUUCCUGAAGACUUCGGGUGCCCGGCGCUUUGAGGCUGGGCAGUGCCGGUGGCUCAAAGCCGAACGGAAGGGAGAGUGCGGCAAUCGGCUCCCCCUGCAACUUGAGAUCAAGUCGUUCGACUUCCACGAUGCCGAUACCAUCGGCGGGGCCCUGAGAGCUUUCGCACGGUCAAUCAGGUUCCAGAACCACCAGGCUGUACAGAGCAUUGCUUCCAGCCCGCGGCGAAAGGUCCACUUCAUGGCCGAGGCGCCCGUGUCGAAAUUCGUCGAGAAAGCUGCCAUUCGCUUCCAAGUGAAGGGCACUCGUUACAUCUUCGAACUGGCCCGCUUCGAUGCAUACAUGCCACUCAAGACGAAGUUGAUUGCAAUGGAUGACGAGUCUAAGAUAACUCAUCCCCACUGGCAAGCAAAACCAACUGUGUCCUGGGCGGCUUCGGUGUUCGCCCCAGAGUGGGACAAUGCGCUGGGCGAAAAUGCCAAUCUCCGACCGGGAAAUACUGCGGAGCACGGGGGAACGCUGUCAGCUUUUUUCCCUCCAGCUGAGGGCAGGGAUGAGGAUUCAAGCUUCUGGGACUUCCUCACUGUUGUGAGGAAGAUUGCAGAUAUGCUGGGGCCUGCCCAGCAUGCUGAGCAACAGCGCAAUGGAGACGUACUCGAUACUGAUCUGGGGACGCUGUUCUGA